AUGUGUUGGUGGUGUAAGAGUAGUAUGAAGAGCUUAAACCCGAGGGAAAAGAAGAAAUGUAUGUGUGCGGUGCGCGCAGAGUGCCUGUGGGCGGACGCGGAGGCGCUGGCGUGCGCGGCGCGGUGUGCGGGCGCGGUGUUCGGUGCAGGCGGGGGAGCGGCGGCGGGCGGCGCACGGCUGCGGCUGCGGCUGGGGCACGGCGCGCUGGUGCGCGCGCUGCUGCGCUGCGUGGGGCUGGAGGGCGGGGCGGCGGGCGGCGCGGGCGGCGCGGUCGCGCUGGCGGCGCUGCGUGAGUACGCGCUGGGGCGGCUGGCGCGCGUGCAGCUGCAGACGCACCUCGCCACGCUGCCGCUGGACGCGCGCCGCGCCGCGAUGCUGCUGCGCCUGGCCGAGGCCGACGUGCCGCUGCACGACCUGCCGCAUCUCGUUGCCAAGGUUACACACGCGAUUUUAUCCUACGCACAGUAUAGCACCAAAACUAUUCACACACACGUGCAGCAGGACAGAUGGAGCGGCGUGCUGCAGCGCGCGCUGCGCGAGCUGGCGGAGGUGGAGCGGCGCGCGCGCGCGCUCGGCGUGGACGUGAGUGCUGCCGUACCUCCCGUAGCACGUGCAUUUAUUGCUUUCCUUUUGUAA